GGCACUCAACUUCGUCGCUUCCGGUGAGUGCUAUCAAUAUGCUACACGAUAGCGGCAACACGUACGGCACACCCUACCGUAUACACAGUGCACCCAUGAGUCAAGUCUGUGACGAGGUUCGUAUUAAACUUUUGAUGCUGUCUCUCCCGAACACGGUUUUCGGGAGGGGCGGCUGUGGUUUCACUACGGGCGCUUGGGGGAUGAAGCAGACUGCUCCUCGGCCAUCUCGUGAGAGAAGGCCAGGCUACAUCUUUGGAAACCCUCAGGCUGAGAUUGUACCGUCUGCACCCGAACAAGUUAAGACUUGCGUGGGAAACGUGUUGCCGCUUUGCGCCCCUCCUCCCUUCCCCCCGUGAAUCUUCCUCGUGGCUGUGAGCCGGUGUAUUGACGCGAAUGAUAGCCAUGGGUUCCUCGAUCCUUUUCUCGUACCCCGAGAUCGCGACUAUUGCCGGUGUCCAGGGCUCCAUCACUUAUGCGGCUUGCUCGGCGCUGCCGUUGAUGAUCUUCCCCGUCCUGGCGCCCAUCAUCAGAAGGAAGCUGCCCGAGGGCUUCAUCUUGACCAUGUGGGUCCGUGAACGGUUCGGCGUGGUUGCAAGCUUGUAUCUCAGCUUCUUGACUGUCGCGACGAUGUUCUUGUACAUGGUUGCCGAAUUGUCCGCCCUGGGACAGGUCAUCGAGACAUUGACUGGGCUCAAGGGACUUCCAGUGAUCAUUGUGGAGGUGGUUGUGACCACCAUUUAUACCGCUCUGGGAGGGUUCAAGGUCUCCUUUAUCACAGACAACAUCCAAGGAGCCAUGAUCGGUCUCCUGAUCAUCAUUUGCGCGAUUGCCGUCGGCACCUCGGUGACCAUCGACACCGCCUUGAUCGCCCCUUCCGGCCUGCUCGAGCAGAGCAAACUCGGCUACCAGCUGAUCUUCAUCCUCCUGAUUGGAAUCGUCUUCAGCGACAUGUUCCUGUCGAACUUUUGGAUGCGCGCCUUCGCCUCCAAGACGGAUAAGGACCUGUGGAUCGGCUGCGGCCUCGCUUCGCUUGCGGUCUUCAUCAUCCUGCUCCUCGUCAGCUCGACCGGAUUCAUCGCCGCCUGGGCGGGUGUCUGGACCCCGGAUGUGUACGGAGGACUGGCGUUCUUCUUACUGCUGGGGAAGUUGCCUGCGUGGGUUGUAGGCUUCGUCGUGGUCAUGGUCGUAGCGCUCAGCUGUGCCGUCUUCGACUCCCUCCAAUCCGCCAUGGUCUCGACGAUAUCCAACGAUGUUUUCCGCAGCAAGCUACCCUUCAUCUACAUCCGUGUCCUUGUGGCACUGAUCACGAUCCCGGUCAUCAUAAUCGCCGUCAAGAAGCCCAGCAUCCUGCAGAUCUUCCUGAUCUCCAACAUCGUCGCGACCGCCACCCUCCCGUCGAUCCUUCUCGGGCUCAGCGAGCGAUUCUACUUCCUCAACGGCUUCGACGUCAUCUGCGGCGGCCUGGGCGGAAUGCUUAGCGUGUUCAUCUUCGGCUCGAUCUAUUACGGAGAUGCGCACCAGGGUGCGGAGCUGAUGAUCCUGAAGAAGGGACUGUAUGGGGAUGACUGGAGCGCUUUCGGUGUUUUCCUGGUCGCGCCUCUCGGAUCGUUGAUCUUCCUCACUUUGGCGUAUGGCCUCAGGCUUUCCGCAACUUGGGUCUUCUGCAAAGCCACCGGCCGCCCGUUCCGCGCCCUCGACCGCCCGGUGGGGCCUCCGCCAGACGCGAAGAUUUAGGAGGCGGUGCGUUCCUGCCGGAGACGACGAUGGGGAUGGCGGGGGCAGUUGCGUGAAGGAGGACUUUUGAUAUGAGUUGAUGCGGUUGAUGUGGUGGAAAAGAUGUACUACUUGUCAUAUGGGACCUAAUUUAUCUGUGAAUGCUUAAGAGGCGAUUUUUUCCAUAGCCUACUGGAUGAAAUUGAGAGCCAUUGUUUGAGAUU